GUCACACGCCUGGGAUUAUCCCUCACAGCAUCACAUAUAAACUCUGAGACUGUCUUUAGACAUAUUGUUGGUGUCCUGGUCCAAACGCAUUAACUAAGUUUUGAAGAGAUGAACGUCUCAUCUGCCAAUGUGACAGUGGUUUUACAAUAUCGAGACUCCUUCACUAAAGCUGUGAUCAAGAAUAUGAUUGUCGUGGCUCUCGGGAUCUCCAUCAACUACAUCAAUGCAAGCCUCAUUCACACCUUCAGCAAACACCAGAUCUUCUACAGGAAUCCUCGGUAUAUACUUUUCAUUCACCUGGUGGUCAACGACAUGAUCCAAGUGACACUGACCGUCAUGCUGUUUGUCAUCAGCUACACCAUCUACAAAAUAAAUGUCUCUGUCUGUUGUGUCUUCAUCCUGCUUGUUGUUUUCACCACUGAAAACACUCCUCUGAACCUGGCUUGCAUGGCGGUCGAGUGCUACAUCGCCAUCUGCAUCCCACUUCGGCACGUGCAGAUCUGCACCAUCAAGAGAACGUUAAUGCUGAUUGGUUUAAUCUGGACGACAACCAUGUUUUCUGGUCUGUCUGAUCUCUUCAUCACUUUAGCCACACAUCCAUCGGGCUUCUUUUAUUCUCAAGUGUUCUGCCUCACAGAAAAUGUCUUCCCACAUCACAUCGUCACCAAGAAGCGGGACAGCACAUAUUUAGUAUUUCUAGUUAUAGUUUGGAUCACCAUCUCUUACACUUACUUCAAGAUCCUCUUCACUGCAAAAACAGCUAGCAAAAAUGCAAAGAAAGCCAGAAACACAAUCUUCCUUCACGGGUUUCAGCUGCUGCUUUGUAUGGCUUCAUAUGUGACCCCCAUGCUCCAAGAUGUUCUGCAGCAAUGGUUCCCGAAGAAUUUUACAGACUCCCUCUUCGCCAUGUAUAUUGCAGUACAGAUGCUCCCACGAUCUAUCAGUCCAUUUAUCUAUGGCCUACGAGACAAUACUUUCAGGAAGUACCUGAAAAGGUAUCUGUUGUGUAAAGUGAGCACUAAUGCAAUAACAAACCAGGGUGAUAUUGGAAAAACUUCUGUCAACCACACAGUUUAG